UUUUAUAAACGCGUUGUACUCAAACAAAUCCGUAUAUAAAUAACAUUAAACGAUUUAUAUUCAGUAACAUACCAGUCCCUUAGCCUAAUGCAUGUCCGGUAUGGAAGUUCACUGAACAACAUAAAAAUUUGUGUCAUCAACGACGUCUCGAGUGUGAUUUUUAUAUGGUUGGUCCGUGGGUCUCCUGAAGGCUGGUUAGAAAUGUUAACAAUUAAAGCGUUAAUAUUGACUGUGUAUGUAUGCUAUUGUGAAGGAAUAUCGAGAGUGACACUGAACGAUCGACCUAUUAUCGGCGUGUUAUCACAAGAACAAUCUAAACAUCUUCAUUCAAAGUUUCCUGACGAAAACUAUACGAGUUACAUCGCUGCAUCAUAUGUGAAGCAUGUUGAAGCCGCGGGAGCACGAGUUGUGCCAAUUCUGAUCGGAAAGAACCGCAAAUAUUAUGAGGAUCUUAUGAAAAAAAUCAAUGGGGUAUUUCUUCCAGGAGGCGCUACAUUCUUCAAUCAGUCGAAUGGAUUUGCCGAUGCUGGACAGCAUAUUUACGAUAUAGCUCAACUAAUGAAUACAUCGGGAGACUAUUUCCCAAUUUUUGGCACAUGUUUGGGAUUUGAAUUACUAAUAAUACUCGCAUCUGGAAGAGGGGAGAAGGAAAAUAGAGUCAAAUGUUAUUCGUUUAGGAAUUUAUCGCUCAACUUUACAAAUGAUUUUCGUAGCAGUAAAAUGUUCAAAGAUGCCACUGAAGACAUUAUCAGAAUUCUUGAAACUGAAGAUAUCACUGUCAACGCGCACCAAUUUUGUAUACUCGACGAAAAUCUGAAAUCUCAUAACUUGACUAAAGACUGGCGAGUUACGUCACACAGUAAAGACGACAACGGGACAUCGUUUAUAGCAACUAUUGAACACACCAGGUAUCCCUUCUAUGGAGUACAAUUUCACCCUGAAAAGGUCGCAUACGAAUGGAAGGCAUCUAAAAAUUACCCGCACACAAUGAACGCGUUACAGACAAAUCGAUAUUUCAUGGAUUUCUUCGUAAGUGAAUGUAGGAAAAAUUACCAUCGAUUUCCCAGUACGAAGGAAGAAAAUGAUUACUUAAUAUAUAAGUAUGCACCAGUUUUUACAGGUGAACUUGGUAGUUCGUACCAACAGUGUUAUUUCUUUGAACCCAGAGGUGUUGAUACUAAAUAUAACUUUAAUCUUUUAAAGGAUGAACAAAAUUCCCACUAUAGAACAGAUUUGUAUUAAUAUUUUGUAUCGAAUAUUUAAUCAUUAUCUAAAUUUUCACCAAAAUGUAUUAUUUAAUUUGGAUUGGAUGAUAAAUUUGCUAAUUGAUAAGAUACACUAUCUUAUGAGCUGGCAUAGCAGACAAAAUCUGGAAAAAAAUCUAAUCGUAUCGUUCAUCUUAGUGACGGACGACAUAGGGUUAACAAUGUUCCACUUUUUCAUUUUUUUUGCUCGAUACUUUAAUCUCUUAGCAUUUCAUAUAGUCUGUGUGAUAAGAGGAUUUUUAGGCUGACAACACUGUUAUUGUCUUAAUUAUUUUAAGAUAAAAAAUAAAGGGUUAAAUUGGUAAUAAGUGAAAUGUUGUGUCGCAGAUAAGAAUUAUAUUAGUUCGCAUAACCACUAGCCGGUUCUCUUUUCGCACAGACUAUGAAAUGCCAAUGUGUGAAGUCAGUGUCAGUGUUUACUGCUAUUUAUCUGUCUUUGUUGAAAUUUACGUAAUUGUAGAGCACUUUAAAAACUUAAUUCUCAUUUGUCCUUAGGUUUUGAAAUCCAUUAUUUAAAAUAACGUGUUAGCAUAGAUUUUAUUUUAUGUACUUAGUGAAAACUAACAAAGAAGGUUUCAUGUGAUUUUAAUUAUAUGUAUUAGAAGUAGUUAGUACAUCAUAAAUAAAAUGUAUUUUA